GUCGGCCGUGCGGGGUCCCGGCGUCGGCGGCGCGCGCGCUCCCUCCUCUCAGAGAGAGGGCUGUGGUAAAAGCUGUCCGGAAAAUGGCCGCCGCCGCCGCCGCCGCCGCCGCGCCGAGCGGAGGAGGAGGAGGAGGCGAGGAAGAGAGACUGCUCCAUAAAAAUACAGACUCACCAGUUCCUGCUUUGAUGUGACAUGUGACUCCCCAGAAUACACCUUGCUUCUGUAGACCAGCUCCAACAGGAUUCCAUGGUAGCUGGGAUGUUAGGGCUCAGGGAAGAAAAGUCAGAAGACCAGGACCUCCAGGGCCUCAAGGACAAACCUCUAAAGUUUAAAAAGGUGAAGAAAGAUAAGAAAGAAGACAAAGAGGGCAAGCAUGAGCCUCUGCAGCCAUCAGCCCACCAUUCUGCUGAGCCAGCAGAGGCAGGCAAAGCAGAGACAUCAGAAGGGUCAGGUUCUGCCCCAGCCGUGCCAGAAGCUUCUGCCUCCCCCAAACAGCGGCGCUCCAUCAUUCGCGACCGGGGACCCAUGUAUGACGACCCCACCCUGCCUGAAGGUUGGACACGAAAACUUAAGCAAAGGAAAUCUGGCCGCUCCGCUGGGAAGUAUGAUGUAUAUUUGAUCAAUCCCCAGGGAAAAGCCUUUCGCUCUAAAGUGGAGUUGAUUGCGUACUUCGAAAAGGUAGGCGACACAUCCCUGGACCCUAAUGAUUUUGACUUCACGGUAACUGGGAGAGGGAGCCCCUCCCGGCGAGAGCAGAAACCACCUAAGAAGCCCAAAUCUCCCAAAGCUCCAGGAACUGGCAGAGGUCGGGGACGCCCCAAAGGGAGUGGCACCACGAGACCCAAGGCGGCAGCGUCAGAGGGUGUACAGGUGAAAAGGGUCCUAGAGAAAAGUCCUGGGAAGCUCCUUGUCAAGAUGCCUUUUCAAGCUUCACCAGGGGGCAAGCCUGAGGGUGGUGGGGCUACCACGUCUGCCCAGGUCAUGGUGAUCAAACGCCCUGGCAGGAAGCGAAAAGCUGAGGCUGACCCCCAGGCCAUUCCCAAGAAACGGGGCCGAAAGCCAGGGAGUGUGGUGGCAGCUGCUGCUGCCGAGGCCAAGAAGAAAGCAGUGAAGGAGUCUUCCAUCCGGUCCGUGCAGGAGACCGUACUCCCCAUCAAGAAGCGCAAGACCCGGGAGACAGUUAGCAUCGAAGUCAAGGAAGUAGUGAAGCCCCUGCUGGUGUCCACUCUUGGUGAGAAGAGCGGGAAGGGACUGAAGACUUGCAAGAGCCCUGGGCGAAAAAGCAAGGAGAGCAGCCCCAAGGGGCGUAGCAGCAGCAGUGCCUCCUCGCCCCCCAAGAAGGAGCACCACCAUCAUCACCACCACUCAGAGUCCCCAAAGGCCCCUGCGCCGCUGCUCCCGCCCCUGCCUCCACCCCCACCUGAGCCUGAGAGCUCCGAGGACCCCACCAGCCCCCCUGAGCCCCAGGACUUGAGCAGCAGCGUCUGCAAAGAGGAGAAGAUGCCCAGAGGAGGCUCACUGGAGAGCGACGGCUGCCCCAAGGAGCCAACUAAGACUCAGCCCGCGGUCGCUACUGCCGCCACGGCCGCAGAAAAGUACAAACACCGAGGGGAGGGAGAGCGCAAAGACAUUGUUUCAUCCUCCAUGCCAAGGCCAAACAGAGAGGAGCCUGUGGACAGCCGGACGCCCGUGACCGAGAGAGUUAGCUGACUUUACACAGAGCGGAUUGCAAAGCAAACCAACAAGAAUAAAGGCAGCUGUUGUCUCUUCUCCUUAUGGGUAGGGCUCUGACAAAGCUUCCCGAUUAACUGAAAUAAAAAAUAUUUUUUUUUCUUUCAGUAAACUUAGAGUUUCGUGGCUUCAGGGUGGGAGUAGCUGGAGCUUUGGGGAUGUUUUUCUUACCGACAAGCACAGUCAGGUUGAAGACCUAACCAGGGCCAGAAGUAGCUUUGCACUUUUCUAAACUAGGCUCCUUCAACAAGGCUUGCUGCAGAUACUACUGACCAGACAAGCUGUUGACCAGGCACCUCCCCUCCCACCCAGACCUUUCCCCCAUGUGGUCAUUAGGGACAGAGAGCAGUUGAGAGGACACUCCCAUUUUUGGUACCAUUGGUGCCCUGCCUAUAGCUCCCCCAGCUCCCCUCACCUCCCCCACUCCCAACCACAUUGGGACAGGGAGGUGUGAGGCAGGAGAGACGGUUGGAUACUUUAGAGACAAUGUCAAAGAUGGCCAGUGGCUAUGGCCAAUGUGAUCCCACCCGUGAUAGCACGAGUCUGGCCCCAUACCAGCCCCAAUCCAAAACUGACAAGGACAUUUCACAGGACAGGAAAGUGGCACCUGUCUGCUCCAGUUCUGGCAUGGCUAGGAGGGAGUCAUCCCUUGACCUGCUCGGGGUAUACUGGCCUGAGCCACAGGAGAGGAUGGCCCAGGUUGAGGUGGCAUCACCCAUUCUCAAAGGAUGUCCUCCAGUGGGUGUCGCUAGAGAGGCCAUGGAGGCAGCAGGACAAGGCAUAGACAAGCUGGCUAAGGGUUGGGGCCCAGCCAAGCUCUGUGGGGCAGGAGGGAUUCCUAAUCUCUCAAAGCAGUCUGUGACUGGUAGUUAGGGACUUAGUGGACAGGGCAGGGGACAAAGGGGGAGGAGAGGAAAAUGUUCUUCCAAUUACUUUCCAAUUCUCCUUUAGGGACAGCUUAGAAUUAUUUGCACUAUUGAGUCUUCAUGUUCCCACUUCAAAACAAACAGAUGCUCUGAGAGCAAACUGGCUUGAAUUGGUGACACUUUGUCCCUCAAGCCACCAGACGUGACAGUGUUCAGAACUACCUGGAUCUGUAUAUACCUGUGCUUGUUUUAAAGUGGGCUCAGCACAUAGGGUUCCCACGAAGCUCCGAAACUCUAAGUGUUUGCUGCAAUUUUAUAAGGACUUCCUGAUUGGUUUCUCUCCUCCCCUUCCAUCUCUGCCUUUCUUUCAUUUCAUCCUUUCCUUUCUUCCCCUUCUUCCCAGUUCAUCUUUUCUGUUCCAGGCAGCCGCAGUGCCCAACCAUACACCAAACUGGCAAUUGUCAGCUCCAGCCCCUAGAACUCUCCCUGCCCUUUGCUAUCCUGCUGCCAGUACCAGCCCCAUCCUGUUCUGAGCCCUGAGGAAGCCUUGGGCUCUGCUGAGUCCAGCCUGGCCUCUCUGUGAAGAGCAAGAGAACAACAAGGUCUUGCUUUCCUACGUAGCCCCCUCUUCCCUGGUAAGAAAAAAGCAAAAGGCUUUCAGACCCUGAACAAUGAGCCUUUUCACUCUUCUACUCUAGAGAAGUGGGCUGGAGAAGCUGGGCCAGAUUUGGUAGCUGAGGAAAGCAUAGAGGCCCCAGUGGCCUGCCAGAGUCAUCAAGUGGCCCAGCAGGGACUCCCUGCCACCUUCACAAUGGCCUCACUCAGAGUCUAGCAUAGUGCAGCAGGACCUAUGGACCCCAGAACCCAAGCCAGGACCAGCCCCUGGGCCCCAAGCCCCUCCUCUGCUCCUUUUCUAAUGGAAAUGUUUUGCUUUUACUCACUGGAGACUGGGUGGGGCCAGAAAACCAGGCACUUCAAUAUCUGCUCCAUGGGUGUGGUAUGGAGUUUAGAGGGUUGGGCUUGCUGUGGGUUUUUAACUGAUCAAUUUUCAUUUGGGAUCCCAUCUUUUUAACCUCUGUUCAGGAAGUCCUUAUCUAGCUGCAUAUCUUCAUCAUAUUGGUAUAUCCUUUUCUGUGUUUACAGAGAUGUCUCUUAUAUCUAAAUCUGUCCAACUGAGAAGUACCUUAACAAAGUAGCAAAUGAGACAGCAGUCUUAUGCUUCCAGAAACACCCACAGGCAUGUCCCAUGUGAGCUGCUGCCAUGAAUUGUCAAGUGCGUGUUGUCUUGUGUAUUUCAGUUGUUGUCCCCUGGCUUCCUUACUAUGGUGUAAUCAUGAAGGAGUGAAACAUCAUAGAAACUGUCUAGCACUUCCUUGCCAGUCUUUAGUGAUCAGGAACCAUAGUUGACAGUUCCAAUCAGUAGCUUAAGAAAAAAACGUGUUUGUCUCCUCUGGAAUGGUUAGAAGUGAGGGAGUUUGCCCCAUUCUGUUUGUAGAGUCUCAUAGUUAGACUUUCUAGCAUAUAUGUAUCCAUUUCCUUAUGCUGUAAAAGCAAGUCCUGCAACCAAACUCCCAUCAGCCCGAUCCUUGAGCCCUUCUACCCACUCUGCUGUUGACCUCCCAGCUUCCCAGGAAGGGAAGGUAGGUCAGAGGAGCAGGCGAGUCCUUUGGAACUCCUCUUCCUCCAAGGACAAAAGGCUCCUGUCCCCACAGUGGCCUCGCACUCCCAGCACCCCCAAAGGAUACCUAUCAUGCAAGUGUAGCAUCCAGCCAGGUUGUCACUGAGAAGAUGUUUGUUUUGGUCAGUCGGGUUUUUAUGCAUUAUAUUUAGUCCAGUGAAAUGUGGCUCCUGGACCUGCUGUCAGGAGCUGGCUUCUUUAUCAGCUGAGUAUGAUCUGGUCCUGGUAAGAGGAGUGCAGGGGCCCACCAGGCUCCCCUCUCACCCAUGACAGUCCAUUCAAGGGCUGAUUGGGCAUUUGUGGUUGGGAACACAGCAUUUGAAAUGUCAUUUUCUUUCGAUUGGGCCCCACCUGCAGCUCCCUCAUUCCCCGCUGCCUUUUCCUUAGAGUUCCUUCCAAAGUUGCAGGUGGUGCCUGAGGCUCCUUUGGGUCUUCUCUCUUUCCCCUACUUCCUUCCCCACUCCCUCUUCUCCAAAUAAAGACAGCACAGUUUAUCACCCUGGUAGGCAGGGGCCCUACAUGUCCCAUGCUGUCCCUGACUCGGGGUUAGGUUGACAGGAGGUUAAAGGGAAAGCCUUAAGCCACAGGAUUCUCACCAGCUGUGUUGGGCCCAGUUGUGGGGUAUGACCUCAAUUUUGUCUGUACUUGAACACUGAAGAUGGGGAGGCAUUUUUCAGUGAAGUUGUGAAGAAUGCAGGAAUGAAUUGACCAACAGCUUUCAAAUACCCAUGGGCUAGGUCAUUAAGGUCACAUCCACAGUCUCCCUCACCCUUGUUCUAGUUGUUAGUUACUACCUCCUCUCCUGACAGAAGACUGUAUGUUCUCAAGCUCCUCCCAGGUAUGCACAUCCCGGCCCUACCCUGCCUGUUGGUGGGCUUGUCAUAACCAGUGGAAUUGCCGGCCUUGACAAUGCAAUGAGCUGGGGACCCUUGACCACAGCCAGGCUCUAGUACAGCUCCCUUCUGAUGCUGUAUUGCCCUAUCAAAAGGCACAGGGGACACCUAAAAAUGCCGCAUCCCCCAGUCCAUCAGUGCCAAACUAGCCAGGUGCCCCAGCCUCUCAGCUCACUGGAUGGUAAGAGCCCAAUACAGUCUGUUUGGUGGCAUCAUUCCUGGCCAGAGGCCACCAACAGUGGAAAUGGGAACUGGAACAGCCCCAGAUUUUCACCUGCUUCUCUGCCCAGCUUGUCAUUGCUGUGACAGAGAUCAUGAAAGAAGGUAAUAACCAGAAACAAACUGCAAAGUUUGAUGGGGAAGGGAGUUUCCUUCGCUGACAGGAUCUCUAAAUUUUCAACAACCUUUAGUAAGUAGCUCAAAUCCAAGAGAGAGCAAAAGGAUAUGAACUGAAUCCACCAAGUAGGAUCAGCUGGAUUUUGUUUAGCCCAAGUGGAGCCUGACAGCUAGAGCUCUGUAUCCCCUCUCUAACCACAGCUCCCUUUCCAGACCAUUCCAGCCAGGCUCUCUGGGCUGACUGGGCUAGGGGAGGUCACAGGCACCAGUCCUUUGAGAAGACCUUUGUGCAUCAAUUCUAGGCUGUGUGGUUGCCCAAAAUUGAUUUUCUGAUUCAAGUUCACACCUUACAGAUCCUAGGACCAAUGGCCUAGACUUCAGGGAAUAAGCUGUUUCUAGAGCCCUUGGGGAGGAUCACAUAGCAAGUCCCCCACGUUCUUGCCAUGGAACGGGCCUAGAGCACCUGCCAUGGCACAGAAGAAGCAGCAUCCCAUGUCUAGGGCAGAGGCCUCUGCUCUCUCCAUGCCCUCUUCCUGCUCUGCCUCUCUGCUGUCUGCAUCAGUGAACUAGCUCCACUCUGAAGGGAUUUGUUGAUUCUCUCCAUUUUUGUGUCUUUCUCUUUUAGAUACUGUAUCAGUCUAUAAAAGGCAUACAUAGUCUAAUAAUUGUUAUAAAUCGCUAGGAUACUGCCUCUCCCAGGGUCUAAAAUUUCAUACUAAAGGGGGAAAACUGAACACUGAAACUAGUUCUCAACAAUUUAGAAGGAAAACCUAGAAAACAUUUGGCAGAAAAUUACAUUUUGAUGUUUCCAAAUGAAUAAGAGCAAGCUUUUGCAAAAAUGCUAAUCUAAAAAUACUUAGUGCUUGGCCUGAGAUGUUUGGUGAGCGUUACACAGGCAAAGGCAAAUCUAGCCUGAAGCCUCCUGUAUCUGAGGAGGUGGAACCAGGAGCCUCCUGAGACUUUGGGACAUUUUGUCGUUGGAGAGCCAGUCUCUCCCUGGGUAACAGUCCCUGAAGACACAGCUUCUGACCCUGUCCUGUGUGGGUAGUAUGAAGGUUAGCCUGGUCCCAAAACUGCAAGAGCCCAGCUCUUGGUAUGGAAAGCGAAGUGUUCACCAGUGACCUGGAAGGCCCAGCACCACCCUACUUCCUGCUCUCUUCUCAUCUUGACAGCCUGCCCCCGCACCGAUUUGUCAGGAAAACACCCAGGAAACUAGGAAGACAACUCUGCCUGUGGUGUGCCCUGCCCUUCCUCUGGGGCUGCCCCUUGCACAUUCCUUCUGUUCUGCUCUCCUUGGGUCUUGGGCCUCGUGGAAGUGGCUGUGUGGCGCACACCCUAGCACUCCCCUCUCCAGUGGCUCCUCACCCCAAGCCUCUCACUGCCUCCCCAACCACCCUGCCUGCCCUGUCAGGAGGCAGAAGGAGGGCAGGUAUGAGGGCGGUGCAGGGAGGGAGGACACCCCCCACCAACUUUGCACCAGCAGAGCCCAGACCCUCACAGAAGGAAAUUCCACCUUUGAAUUGAAGAGCAUUUGGGAAACUUGCAAAUCACUUUGCUCCCCAGCUGCCCCUUCUGCCUUACCUUUCAUCAGGUCCUGCUCAGCAGCAAGAGCUCCUGCCCACUGAUAGUCCCUCUCUGCAGUGUCUGUGUGUCAAGUGGCAAAGCUGUGCUUUCUGGUAACCCUGAUUAUACCCAGUAACUUACAGACUGUACGCAUAGGCCUUUGUCUCCUCUAUCCCAGGCUUUUAUUUUGUUUUUUAGUUUUGCUUUUAAUUUUUCUGUCCCUUUUAUUUAAUGCACCGACUAGACACACAAAGCAGUUAAAUUUUUAUAUAUAUAUAUAUCUGUAUAUUGCACAAUUAUAAACUCAUUUGCUUGUGGCUCCACACACACAAAAAAGACCUGUUAAAAUUAUACCUGUUGCUUAAUUACAAUAUUUCUGAUAAUCAUAGCAUAGGACAAGGGAAAAAUAAAAAAGAAAAAAAAGAAAAAAAAAGACAAAUCUGUCUGCUGGUCACUUCUUCUGUCCAAGCAGAUCCGUGGUCUUUCCUCACUUCUUUCAAGGGCUUCCCUGUGCCAAGUGAAUGAGGCUCCAGGCAGCAUCCAGGUUUUGCACUCUGUUUCUCCUGUGCUUGUGAAAGAGGUCCCAAGAUUUGGGGUGCAGUACAGUUCACCUCCGUGGGUAGCUUCAAGAGCACUCCCUUGACCCACUGAAAUCCAGAAUGUAGUCAGCACAGCCUGGUCCCCUUCCACCUCUGGGAGGGGGGAGCUGGAGUCCACUGGGGUGGCCUGACUCCCCCCAAUCCCCUUUCAGUGACCCGGUCAGGGUGAGCCCAUAUGGAGAAGUCGGCUAGCAGGCCUCUCCGCCAGUAGGGCUUGAAGCAGGGGUUGGAGUGGACACGGCAGGCCUGUCCUGUCUCUGAACCUGUGAGCUGUACCAGGUAGAACACCAGGUCGGACUCUCGUGCACCAGUCCAGUGGGUCCCUCCAGGAAGUAGUGAAGACUCCAGAAAUAUCCCUCCUUCUCCCUCAUCCUAUGAGUAAUUGCAUUUGCUUUUGUAAUUCUUAAUGAGCAAUAUCUGCUGGAGAGUUUAGCUGUAACAGUUCUUUUUGAUCUUUUUUUAAGUAAUUAAAAACACCAAAAAAAAUCCAAAAACCUGUUCUUCCAAAGCAGAGAGCAUUAUAAUCACCAGGGCCAAAAGCUUCCCUCCCUGCAUUAUUGCUUCUCCUGAGGCCUGAAUCCAAAUGAGAAGCGGUAGAGUGGCCAGGCUACCCUCAGGCCUCUUGGAGGACCAAGCCUGGGGCAACCUCUGGGCUGGGGCCUCCUCCAUCAUGCCUUCAGUAUUAGCCAUGGGUCUCGAUGUUCUUUCCCACCCAGCCUGGGUUGUGGGCAGAGGAAUCCAUUGCCGCUAAUGUUUGGCCACUAACAGGUGGGUGUCUGUGUGUGUCCAUGUGCGUGCUCUUUGACUGACAUGAAAUCAGCGCCCGAGUUAGCCUCACCCAGUGACCUCUAGCCCUGCCCGGAGAGAGCGGAGCCCAUCCGGUUCAGUGUUUCUGGGAAGCUGGACAGUGGAGUGCAGAAGGCUUGCAGAACGUGAAGCCUGCUCCUUCCCUUGCUACCACGGCCUCCUUUUCCGUUUGAUUUGUCACUGCUUCAAUCAAUAACAGCUGCUCCAGAGUCAGUAGUUGAUGAAUAUAUGACCAAAUAUCACCAGGACUGUUACUCAAUGUGUGCCGAGCCCAUUCCUUGUGCUGGGCUCCCGUGUAUCUGGACACUGUACCGUGUGCUGUGUUUGCUCUCCUUUCCUUCCUUUACCCUUUCCUUGUCUUUCUGGGGGUUUUUUGUUUGGGUUUGGUUUGGUUUUUAUUUCUCAUUUUGUGUUCCAAACAUGAGGUUCUCUCUACUGGUCCUCUUAACUGUGGUGUUGAGGCUUAUAUUUGUGUAAUUUUUGGUGGGUGAAAGGAACUUUGCUAAGUAAAUCUCUUCUGUGUUUGAACUGAAAUCUGUAUUGUAACCAUGUUUAAAGUAAUUGUUCCAGAGACAAAUGCUUCUAGACACCUUUUCUUUACAAACAAAAGCAUUUGGAGGGAGGGGGAUGGUGACUGAGAUGAGAGGGGAGAGCUGAAGUGCUGAUUCUGCCCACAUCAGCCAGAAACCACCCAACGAAGUUAAGCCCGGAAGCCCCAUUCUGAGCGAACAGACCAAAUAGCUGAUGUGUUGCCAUUUUUAAAGUCAGAGCAAAACCAGUUUUGGUUUUGUUCAGUGGAUUCCUUUUUGCUUCCCCUCCCCUGAAAUCAUUACUAUCAUUCGUUAUCUUUAAGGAAAGACAAGGUUGAUCCUUUGAGGGGAACCAGGAGGGGAUAUGUGUGCACAGCUAACACUGCUGAAGAGGGAGGGAGGAUGGGAUAAGCACGUGGCUGGGACGCUCCACUGUGGACACAGGUCAGACAUAUUUUGCCAGAUAGAUUGGCCACUCCCCCAUCGAUGCAGCUCUUCCUGGACAGGGUAGGCAUUCUCAUCUCCAAGGCAUGCCUCAUGGGCAUUGCCAUUGGAGACACUUCUGUCACACCCCACCCUGUCCCCCAGAGCACAACACUAACAUGACAUCUGUAGUCCCCACGAUCCGGGACAAUAAAAUGAUGGUGGAGGGGCCUGUUCUCUCUUCGCUGUCAUCCAGUCCCCAGCAAAAUUUGGACAUGAGAAACCUCCCUUCCCUUUCUAUGGCAAAAACAGAUCCUUCUCAGAGAGGCCAUUACCCUCAUUAGACAUUGUUUGGGGCUACUGGAGAGCCUGAUAGCCGCUCCUCUGAGAGGUGAGGACAGUCCUGACUAUAGUGAGCAUUUACACAUGGGGUGUAGUAGCUGGAGGAAAUAGGCAGGGUGUCUGUCUCCUCCUGAGUCAAAGUCAUGCACCCCUGUGCCAGCCUGGAGGUCAAGGUUUGUGGACAGUGCUGCCAGUGUCACAGGCCACCCUGUGCAGAAGGGAGCUGGCUCCAGCCCAAAAACCCAUCUGAGGUUGGGAGAGGUGCACUUGGGGCAUGGGGAGAGGCCAGGACAGACUUAGCUGGAGAUGUCUCUGAAAGCCCUCUAUUGCAUUCACCUUCAGUUUUUGUGUUUUGGGACAAUUACUUUAGAAAAUAAGUAGGUCGUUUUAAAAACAAAUUAUUGAUUGCUUUUUUGUAGUGUUCAAAAAAAGGUUCUUUGUGUAUAGCCAAAUGACUGAAAGCACUGAUAUAUUUAAAAACAAAAGGCAAUUUAUUAAGGAAAUUUGUACCAUUUCAGUAAACCUGUCUGAAUGUACCUGUAUACGUUUCAAAAACACCCCCCACUGAAUCCCUGUAACCUAUUUAUUAUAUAAAGAGUUUGCCUUAUAAAUUUACAUAAAAAUGUCCGUUUGUGUCUUUUGUUGUAAAAUCAAGUGAUUUUUUUCAUAAGGUUCUUUUACUAUUUGAAAAGAUGGGCAGCACGCAGUUUUAUUUUAUUUUUGUAAGUUUUUUAAUACAUGUGAAAGCAAAGAAUACUCAGCAUGCCUUUCUAAGUGACGCGUUUGCACCUUUUGUUGGGAAGUACUGUAUCCUGUGCUGUUAGCAUUCUCGAUAAAUCUCUCUGUGAAAGUGA